AUGGCCGGCGGAGCCGUUCCACAAGGGUCCACGGACGUGAACCGGGUCGAGGCGCCCGUCACGCUCAAGGCCUACCUCAUGUGUGCCUUUGCCGCCUUCGGUGGUAUCUUCUUCGGAUACGACAGUGGUUACAUCAGCGGUGUCAUGGGAAUGGACUACUUCAUUCACCAGAUCGAAGGUCCUGACGCCAAAGUCCUCACGUCCACUAACAAAUCUCUCAUCACUUCUAUCCUCUCCGCGGGUACUUUCUUCGGCGCUCUCAUGGCUGGUGAUAUCGCUGACUGGAUCGGUCGACGAACUACUAUCAUUGGUGGCUGCCUUGUCUUCCUCGUCGGUGUUGCUCUCCAGACCGCCUCUGCUGGCUUGGGUCUCAUCGUAGCCGGUCGUCUCGUCGCCGGUUUCGGUGUCGGUGCCGUUUCAGCUAUUCUGAUCCUGUACAUGUCUGAGAUUGCUCCUCGCAAAGUUCGUGGUGCCCUCGUCUCCGGCUACCAGUUCUGCGUCACGGUUGGUCUUCUGCUGGCGUCAGCUAUCGACUACGCCACACAGAACCGAAAUGACAGCGGCUCCUACCGAAUCCCCAUUGCUAUCCAGAUGCUUUGGGCUAUCAUCCUCGCAGUCGGUCUCUUCAUUCUCCCCGAAUCUCCUCGAUACUACGUUAAGAAGGGCAAGCUCGACCUCGCUGCCAAGGUUCUUGCUCGUCUCCGUGGCCAGACUAUCGAAUCCGAUUACAUUCAGGAUGAAUUGGCUGAGAUCAUCGCCAACCAUGAAUACGAAUUAUCUGUCGUUCCCUCUGCCGGAUACUGGAGCUCCUGGGGAGCUUGCUUCAGCGGCUCUCUCUUCAAGAGCAGUAGCAACCUCCGCCGUACCAUUCUAGGUACUUCUCUCCAGAUGAUGCAACAAUGGACAGGUGUGAACUUUGUGUUCUACUUCGGAACAACAUUUUUCAAGCAGCUUGGCACUAUCGACAACCCUUUCUUGAUCUCCCUCGUUACUACCCUCGUUAACGUCUGCUCCACCCCCAUCUCCUUCUGGUCUAUGGAGAAGAUCGGACGACGACCUCUGCUCAUCUGGGGUGCUUUGGGUAUGGUUAUCUGCCAGUUCAUCGUUGCCAUCAUCGGCACCGUCACCAGCGCCGACGCUGCCGUUAAGACCAUGAUCGCCUUCAUUUGCAUCUACAUCUUCUUCUUCGCCAGCACCUGGGGCCCUGGUGCUUGGGUUGUCAUCGGAGAGAUCUACCCUCUGCCCAUGCGUGCUCGUGGUGUCGCUCUCUCGACCGCCAGCAACUGGCUGUGGAACUGCAUCAUUGCCGUCAUCACCCCCUACAUGACCGAUGAGGACAAGGGCAACCUCGGCGCCAAGGUCUUCUACAUCUGGGGCAGUCUCUGCGCGAUCUGCUUCGUCUACGCCUACCUCCUGAUCCCCGAGACCAAGGGAUUGACCCUGGAACAGGUCGACCGCAUGUUGGAGGAGACCACCCCCAGGACCUCCGCCAAGUGGGUGCCUCACUCCACCUACGCUGCCGAGAUGGGCUUCACGGAUAAGAACGCCGGAACCCACCACGAACACAUUUCUAAGGAGGAGGUUUAA